AUGAAUAGUGCUUCUUGUGAAAAGAACUUUCUCUCACUCUUGAAGAACCUGUCCCCAACAAGAAUAACAGAGAGUGGUCAAUUAAAAAUAGGAGAUACAGCUUGGGGAAUCAUUUUAGACUAUACAAUAGAGUCAGUAAAAAUUAAUUGUUAUAAGCCAGACAAUCCUUCAACAACAGCUGUGUUAAAGAUAUCAGAUGAGUUUGGACACACUGUAUGUGUAAUUAAGGGAAAGAGUGUAGGUCUUCUAUUUGGUGUUAAUGAAGAGGAAUGGUCUGAGAUAGAAAGUUUAUGCGACUACAAUCAGCAGCUUUUUUAUAAAUAUUUUAAAGAUGGACUUAGCAAAAAUUUUGGGUCAGGACAAAGGCACUUUUAUAACUUCUGCCAUGUUAACAAAAAACAAGAUGUAUUUUUGGUUAUUUAUGAAAGAGGAGUAAAUAUGAGAAAAACAGAUUACAGUGAUACACUUCUGAAUAUUAAGCAUAUCCAGAAUAAUUGUAAUAAUCAUAUAAUAAAUUUGUAUAUUAAUCAUCUUAGAAAAAAUAAAAUGUAA